AUGAGGGGUCAUUUGUUCUUUGUCGCCUUUCUGGCCUUGCUUAUAGUGGGGAUCCAUGCAGCAGAGUCGGAUACAACUGUCUUGCCGUCGUGUGCGAUCAAUUGUGAUGAUCAGCUAUUUUCCGAUUGCUCAUUGAGCAACAAUACAUCAUGCUUUUGUGCCAGCAGCUCUCGUCCCACGGCUCUGUUAGAUUGUGCUGAAAGUAAUUGCACGGUAAAGGAAUUCUUCACUACAAAACGUCUGUACGAACAAGAAUGUGAUAUAACGCCUCUCAAAGGCCCUCCGGUGGUUAAGGUCUCGACUCUAAUACCUUUUAUUCUUGCGACGGUUUUCUUCGUCGCCAGAUUGAUCGCCAAAAGCAACGGCCUAGCUGGUGGAUGGGGAUGGGAUGAUUAUACAAUCAUUGUUUCAUAUAUCAUAGGUGCCGCCAUAUAUGUUCUGGAUAUCUAUAUGAUCCGCAAUGGCUUCGGUCGAAAUAUUUGGGACCUCCCUUUUCCCACAAUCACCAGGUUCUACCAGCUUUUUCAAGCUAUGGCCGUUAUGUAUAAGGCUCAAAUUUCCCUCGCUAAGAUCUCCGUGUGUCUCUUCCUACUCCGGAUCUUCCAAGCACGCACAUUCCGCCAUUUAGCGUACGCCCUCAUCGGUAUCAACGCCUCAAUCGGUAUCACUUGGGCCUCGGUGGAUGGCUUCCGCUGCACGCCGACACGCUUAACAUGGCUUGGGUGGAUGAAGGAGGAACCUGGAUACUGUAUCGACUUCAUCGCCGCCGUUCUGGUUAACUGUCUGGUGAACAUCUUUGUCGACUUUAUCUUGAUCAUCAUGCCGGUGUAUGAAGUGAUCAAGUUACAGUUACCUCUGCGGAAGAAGCUUGCUGUGGCAUCGAUGUUUAUCGUGGGCUCUGUUCUGACGGUUAUCGCCAUUAUCCGAGUCAUCGUCUUCUGGACCAACCGCUGGGGCUCCAAUGAGACACUCGGCCUAUAUCCCCUUAUGCAUUGGUCUGUCAUUGAAAGCCAGAUUUCUGUCAUGUGCGCUUGCUUGCCUGCGUUCAGAGCUAUCAUUGGUCGGUGGUUCCCCGGGUUGCUGGGCGGAUCAUCGAAUCGAACGAAAGAAGCGUACACAGCUGAGUACUAUCAGAAAAAGUCCAAGGCGAGUGGGAAUAUUAAUAAGUCUGUUACCUACUCGGUGAAUUAUGAGUCCCGGUCACCAACGAGUAGUGAUGUGGAGUUGGUUGAUAUGGACCGGAAACAUCACAAUGAGCAGUGA